AUGGACGGCACACAACAGCACGCACUCAAGCCUUCCCUCGACGAGGUCAAGGCUGCGCUUCUCUCCCCCGAACCUGCAGGCAACAUUAUCCCAGUCUACACAUCACUCCCUUCCGACUUGCUUACACCCGUUACAGCCUACCUCAAGCUCUCCAACGGUGCCGACACUUCGCGUCGCUCGUUCCUCUUUGAGUCCGUCACAGGCGGUGAAAAGAUCGGCCGCUACUCGUUCAUCGGCUCCGACCCGCUCAAGAUCAUCCGCACUGGUCCAGGGCUCGACGUCGAAGGCGACCCGUUGCUGGCCAUCGAAAAGGAGCUCAGUCCAUACAAGUACAUUGGCGUGCAAGGCUUGCCGACUUUUACGGGUGGAGCCAUCGGUUACAUCAGCUACGACUGCGUCCAGUACUUUGAGCCUCGAACCAAGCGCGAGCUCAAGGACGUGCUCGGAAUUCCGGAAAGCGUCUUCAUGGUCGCCGACUCAUUGAUCGUGUUCGACCACGUUUUCAGCACCGUGCGUUGCGUCAGCCACGUCCAUCUUCCUGCCCAGCUCGCUAAGUCGGCGACACCCGCCGACGUCGAGGCGCUGUAUGCCAAGGCAAGCGACAAAGUCGCCGGGCUCAUCAAGGCGCUCACUGCCGCAACUACGCCUCUGCCUCUCCAACCUCCCAUCCUCACCGGCCAAGAGGCGGUCUCCAACGUCGGCAAGGCCGGCUACGAGGGAUUCGUCGCCUCGUUGCGCAAAAACAUUGUUAAGGGUGACAUCAUCCAGGCAGUUCCCUCGCAGCGUUUGACGCGACGCACUACAUUGCACGCCUUCAACUGCUACCGCCACCUGCGCCAGGUCAACCCGUCGCCAUACAUGUUCUACGUCGACUGCGGCGACUGCCAGCUCGUGGGAGCGUCGCCGGAAACGCUCUGCAAGAUCGAAGCGGGUAAAGUGGCGGUGCACGCCAUUGCCGGAACCGUCAAGCGCGGGGCGAGCGAUGCCGAAGACGCCCAACUCGCCGCGCAGCUAGCCAGCUCGGUCAAGGACCAGGCAGAACACGUCAUGCUUGUCGACCUGGCGCGCAACGACAUCAACCGCGUCUGCGACCCGUCCACCACCCAGGUCGAGACGUUCAUGGACGUCGAAAAGUUCUCGCACGUGAUGCACCUCACCUCGCGCAUCACCGGCCAGCUGCGCGCGGGCAAGUCGCGCUUCGACGCGCUCCGAUCCAUCUUCCCCGCGGGCACGGUGUCCGGCGCACCCAAGAUCCGCGCCAUCGAGCUGGUCAGCGAGCUGGAGAAGGAGAAGCGCGGGGUGUACGCCGGCGCGGUCGGGCGCAUCGACUUUGCACAAAACGAGAUGGACGUGUGCAUUGCCAUCAGGACCAUGACGUUCAAGGACGGCUAUGCGUAUCUGCAGGCGGGCGGUGGCAUUGUCUAUGACAGUAUCGAGGAGGACGAGUAUGUCGAGACAAUCAACAAGCUGGGUGCGAAUACGAGGUGUAUUCAGCAGGCGGAGGAGUAUUACCUGGCUCAGCAGCAGCAGCAACAGCAGCAGCAGUAA